AUAUAUUGUUAUACUAUUGAAUACAUUUUUACUUUAUUUAAAAAUAAAUUAAAAAAUUAUGCUUAACAUAAUCAAAGAAUAUGUAUUUUAUCCUACUAAUUUAAUUAUAAAUUAUAAAUAUCAAGUCUUUAAAAGAUUAGUAUCAAAUCAAAAAAAUACUGUUACAAAAAAUAAUACUUUAAAACAAGAAAUACCAGUUGUCAGAGGAUUACCUUUAGUUGGUACUACUUUCUCUAUAAUAGCUGCUGGCGGUGGUCGGAAAUUACAUGAGUAUAUAGAUAAGCAACAUAAAAAAUAUGGUCCAGUAUUUAGGGAAAAAUUUGUAUCCGUUGAUGCAAUUUGGAUAAGUAAUCCAAAUGAUAUGAAAUUGAUAUUUGCACAAGAAGGAAAGUAUGCUAGACAUGUUUUACCAGAAGCUUGGUUGCUGUAUAAUGAGACAUAUGGCCAACAAAGGGGCCUUUACUUUAUGGAUGGUGAAGAAUGGUGGACAUACAGAAAAAUACUUAAUAAAUUUCUGUUCUCAGAAAUAAAUAAUAAUUACAUUUUUGAAUCAUCUAAAUUAAUAUUAAAUGAAAUAUUAAAGGAAUGGGAAAAUAAUAAUGAUGGACUUAUACAACAUUUGGAAGCCGAUCUGUAUAAAAUAUCAAUUUCAUUUAUGGUAGCAUACUUAGUAGGAAAUGCUUUUAAAAGCUGCAGAAAAGAAAUAUUGAGUGAUAUAAAUAAUUUAGCUCACAAUAUACAAGAAAUAUUCAAAAAUAGUGUGAAAUUUACAGUAAUUCCAGCAAAAACAGCCAAGCUAUUCAAAUUAAAAAUUUGGAAUGAUUUUGUUAAAUCUGUAAAUGAUUCAAUGAAAUAUGCCAAUAAUUUGGUAACUAAACUCAUGGAAUAUGAAGGUGACGGAUUAUUAAAAUCAAUAUCCAGUAUCCAUAAUAUAUCUGAUGAUAUGAUUAAAAGACUUAUUAUCGACUUUAUACUUGCAGCUGGUGAUACUACAGCAUACUCAACUCAGUGGACUCUUUAUAGUCUAGGUUUGCAUCCCAUCAUUCAAGAUAACCUUAGACAAAGUUUAUGUACUAAUAAUUUUUGGGAAAAUGAUUAUUUAAAUAAUAUAUUAAAGGAAGUUUUACGUUUAUAUCCUCUGGCACCUUUUCUCACGAGAAUUUUAUCAAAUGAUACCUUUUUGACACAUCAUGUUAUCCCUGCACAUAGUUUAGUUAUUUUAUCAAUGUUUUCAAGCAGCAGAAAUGAAAAGUAUUUUAAAAAUUCAAAUGAAUUUAAACCUGAUCGUUGGUUACGCCUUGAAAAUAAUAAGUAUUGUGGNGAAUUUAAACCAGAUCGUUGGUUACGCCUUGAAAAUAAUAAGUAUUGUGGUGUAAAUGAACCAUUUGCAUCACUGCCUUUUGGUUUUGGUGCUAGAUCUUGUAUUGGACAAAAAAUGGCACAUAUACAGAUGUGUUCAACUAUUUCAGAGUGUAUAAAAAAAUAUAAAAUAAAAACAAUGAAACCAGUAAGUAUUGUUUUGGAUUUAAUUACAGUUCCUGAUGAACAAAUACAGUUAAAAUUACAAAAAUUAUAAAGUUUACAAUUAUUGUUUAUAAUAAAUUUUAUAAUUUCUUGUGUAUAAUUAUUAAUUUUACCAUUUUUUUAAUUAAAACUUAUAAUAUUACAUUUUAAUUAUUAAACAUUUGUGGGAUAUUUGUAUGAUAUUAUUAUAAGAUGCGGUUAUAUUUUUAUUAAAUACAUAAUAAAAUAAAACAUUCUCUAUUUUUUCAAAAAUCAACCAUUGUAAGAUUAUUGAAAUAAAAUUAUUUCUUUGCAAGAUUGUUAUAACUACCAUUCAAUGUUUUUUAAUGAUGAGCAGCUUCAUUUAUUAAAUAAACUAUAAUUUUGUCUACU